UCGUGGACUUUGUCUCUCUCUUUGAUCCUGUCUUGAAAUAUUUGAGCAUUUCUUCGUCUUAUAUCUCUUUCGAUUCCAUCUUAUACUAUAAAGUUAAUACAUACAUAAAUAACUUUUGAUUUCGAUACUCUUGAAUCUUGAUGAGGUUCCAAUAAUGAAAGGGAAAGGCAAAGAGAAAGAGAACAGUCUCUUAUGGCUGGUGAAGGCUCCUUUCCGGUUAUUGAUCAUGGCACGUAACGCCUACAUUCGUAGCAUUACGUCAUGCUCCGGCGUUGGAAUCUUUACCGGCGGUGGAUCCUCUGGUUUUGGUCAAGGUCAACUUCCUGGAAACUUUCAAAUCCCCGAAGCACCUAGCACAGCUCUCCCUCGGUGCUUUACCUUGACGUCAACGGCAGAUGAUGAUCAAGGCUGUCUGAGUCUGACAAGUGUUGGACAGCCUAAGAUGGCAACGAGACGGUCGGUGUGGUUGGAUCAUCGGAGGAACUUUAGAUGUGUUGCUAUGAUGCGAAGAAUCGAUGAGGAGAUUCCUUUAGAUGAUGAGUUCCAAGAAGAAGACUCAUUUCUCGAUUUUGGUAUAUACGAGAUUGUUACUUAAAAAAAAAAUAGAACGAUCAUCGAUCUGUUGACCAAAAAAAAAAAAGGCAUCAGAAAGGUUUUAAUUUCUUGGUUUUAAUUAGUUUGUUGCAUUGUGCUAAUAAUUGAUAAAAAUAUGAUUUACCAGCGCGUAAAUCUCA